AUAGGGUGUAAAUGUAUGUAAGUUGAGCAGAUACUCCUUGUAUUACUAUGGUGGACAAAAGUUUAAAACUGUAAUAUGAGUCAUUAUGCUUGCAAUAAAAAGAACCAUUUCCAUGAGAGUCUCCUGGAGGAAUUGCUAUAAUUAUUAAUAAUAUUAAACAUGAUAAUAAAAAACAACAUUCACUAAUAUCUAAACCGGCUGCUGGUAUUUAACCCAUGUGGUGUUCUCUGAGCUAAAAGUUGCACAACAUCGGAUCAGGGCCGAGCUGAAGGUGUCACCGCUGAUCAUCCUGCUUGGCGCUGUCCACUGCAUGUGGUGCUGAAAUGUAGAGGAAUCAACACAUGGUGCCCUUUACUGACACCGCGGGCGCUAAAUUCUAAUUAUACGGUUAAAUAGGCCUAUUAGAUCCAACUUAUACACGUGACUCACGCUUGAGACAAAUCUGCCAGGUGACAGAGACCAAUGGAGAAAUCAAUUUGACCAUGUCUAUCGAUUUAUUAGUAGUAGUAUUAUUAUAUAUAUUUUUUCGCUUAACAGUUAGUUCCGGUGUUGAGAUCACGGCGAUGCUCAGAAAGGAACGCGAUUUCAACACAACCAGAAAUAUUAUUUAUUCCACUUCACACUGCCUUCCUGCAGUGCUGCGAUCCACUUCAGGAGAUCCUCUUAUGUGUGAUGGUGAAAUGUGAGCCUCGGUGUACUGACAGUGUUGUCAAAUAAAGCAGUUAAUGCGGUCCAAUAAUGGAGAACAUGGCGGAGGCGCUCGGUGCAGGAGGCGUCCAUGGGGAGGAAAGCGAGUGCAAAAUAUGCUACAACUACUUCGAUUUGGAGCGCCACAGUCCCAAACUGCUGAGCUGCUCCCACACCUUCUGCCUGGAAUGUCUCGAAACGUUGCACUUCCGGGAGGGUCGGGGCUGGAGAAUCGUUUGUCCCGUGUGUCGCCAGCGAACUCCUUUACCGGAACGUCGGGUUCGCAACCUCCCCGACAACACAGCUCUCACCGAGGAGCUCUCGCACAAAAAGCAGGAGCCCGAGGACUCAUUAAACGCGGAAAGGCUGCCGGGUCCGCCCGCCUCUCCUGCGACCUCCACGGAGACCGGCCACAGCGGAUGGGAGGCGUGCAAACACGUUGCGUUCAAGACCAGUUGCGUGUGCGCCAUCUUCUCCUUCCUCUCCACGCUGCUGCUCCUGUUUCUGGGCCUCGUCUUUGUGCAUAACCUCAGCCACAUCAGGUCGCUCGUCCCUGUCUGCUUGUCUGUUGCCAGCAUUCUCGCCCUGUUCUCGCUCAUACUGACUUGGUUAGCCUGCAUGCUUUAUCAGCCUGAAACCGAGGCAAGCGACUCAGUUUAUCUCAAUAUCACGUGAUCACCCGGAUACACCAACGAAACCCAGCCUGUUGAGAACUAUUCAAAGGGAAAUGGUUAUCAUUUUAUUUUUUCAGAGUGAUUAUAAAUCCCGUAUGGCACUUUAGUAAAAGGUAUGUUUGUGGAUAAUUGUAAUAACAUCAGUAAACGGUGCACAAACUAUGUUUGAACUUGUCCAGACUCCUUGCCACACUGUCAUGCUGUACUGGGACUCUUUAACUAAACAGAGCCAUUAAUAAUA